GAAUGAGAUUUUUUAAAAUAUUAAUUCAACAAAUAUCGACAUUCUCCUCUUGGUUUAUUGAUCGGGAUCGGUCCGGAUCUCAGACGCUUGUGAGGCUCUUCAAAUGGCGCAGCUACUCUCCCCAGUUUGCACGGAUCUUUUGAAGUUUCAGAGCUCUCUUCUCAGCUCUAGAUCGCGUUUCUCAGCCAAAACAAGCGGUGCUACCUCGUCUUGGUGCUUACCUGCUUACACAGGAAGGAGACGAAGUGGCUCCAUCGGAAGAUUGAGAGUUGCAACAGAGGACGCUUCUUCUCUUUCCACCGGCGACGUCGCCGAUGAUUACUAUGCCGUUCUCGGACUGCUUCCGGAUGCUACACCAGCGGAGAUUAAGAAAGCAUAUUAUAACUGUAUGAAGUCUUGCCAUCCUGACUUGAGUGGCAAUGACCCUGAAACCACAAACUUCUGCAUGUUCAUUAACGAUGUCUACGAGAUUCUUAGUGACCCUGUACAGAGAAUGGUUUAUGAUGAGAUUCAUGGAUAUGCAGUGACUGCUACCAAUCCUUUUCUUGAUGACUCUAGCCCUAAGGAUCACGUUUUUGUUGAUGAGUUUGCUUGUAUAGGCUGCAAAAACUGUGCCAAUGUGGCUCCAGAUAUAUUUGAGAUUGAGGAAGACUUUGGAAGAGCAAGGGCUUGUAACCAGCGUGGCAACCCUGAUUUGCUUCAGCAAGCAGUUGAAACAUGCCCGGUUGAUUGUAUAUAUCAGACUUCUGCGGCACAGUUGUCUUUGCUUGAAGAUGAAAUGCGUAGGGUUGAAAGAGUAAAUGUUGCUCUGAUGCUUUCUGGAAUGGGGUCAGGAGCCGUUGAUGUUUUCAGAAUGGCGAGAUCUCGAUGGGAAAAAAGGCAAGCAAAAGUUUUGAAUCAAGCUAGAAGUAGAAUGAUGAAGCGGAAAAGCACAGAUGAAACACCUUCCUAUUGGGAUAACCUCUGGGGCAAAGAUAAUCAAUACCAGAAAAGCGAGGAAGAAGUACAAGAACGAGCUCAACGAGCCGCAGCAGCAGCCAGAAGAUGGAGGGAGUACUCACGAAGAGGCGUGGAUAAACGCCCCACGUUCAAACUCCCCGACUCCUCAUCCUCCAGAGGAGACAACUGAAACCACCCUCCAGACAUGAAUCUUAAUGGUAGUAAAGUAUAUAUGUAAUAACUUCACCGUUCCUAGACUUGUAUAGCUUUCUUCCCAUAUCGAUUCGUGGAAGAAUAAAAACAAGUGUAUAAACGUUUUCAUUUUCAUGUAUUAUAUACUCUUUAUGUAUAUAA